CAAGUUGGGAAGAAAUUGAAGAAAUCCAAAGAUGGAGUAGACUUGGACAAUAGUCUUGCUGAAAUAAGAAAUUACUCGCUCCUGGUUCCAUUGCCUUUUGUUCUUAUUCGUUUUCAUGGAACACCCAUUUCUCAGUCAAGGCUAUCUCCCUUUGCAUAUUCCAAAGCUCGAAGAGAGAGGAACGGAGGCAAGGAGGUUUGUCCUCAAUCAAGCUCAAGUAAUCCAAAGAAAUUUAUGAGUUGGUUCUCAUUGAUUGAAGCAGUGGUGUUAUCCAGGAAGAGAACUCUGCUGCCUGUGAAAAACCUAAGGAAUUCUUUACAAUUGAGCAGUGAACUGCAUAGAACUCUCUAUGGUUUUAUUGUAUUUGAAGUUGCAUGGACUAGUGUUCGUGGUAUCAACUACUAUAACGACCUUCAGACUGAUACGUCACUGGCUAUAGAAGCUAAAAUGAUGAAAAGAUGGGAAUUUGACAAUAUUUCUCAAGCUGCAAGCUGCGUGCCUUCAUGGUUCUCAGGAACCAUUUCUGAACAGAUGCUUUUAAAAGAGCACCUGGAUUCUGCCGCAGGUGGUGAUAAGGAUUCUCAUCAUUUCUUUCUUACCUAG